AACAUUUACCUUCAGAGUCAGACAAAUUGGCGCUGACACUGAUAUAGAAGAAUUUUACUCAGUAAUUCCGAAUAAAAACAAAGCGAACGGAUCUAGAAUGAAGUGGAAUUUGUGGCUAACAUGUGCUGGCUUGUUACUUGUCUUUCAUCAAGGUAGGUAGCCGAAUAUGAGCGAGUUGAAAGCAGCUUCGGCAUCAAAUAUAUGUUUGCAGGUAUAAACACUUCUGGUGCAUUAUUAUUAUACGUUCUGCGUAUUUAAGGCUCUUAUGACAAUAAUCUGAUAUUUUAACACUAUGUUACUGAGAGUUACAAGAUAUAGAUUAUUGACAAAAUACAACAUCACAAAAUACAAACAACACGUACAUUCGACAAUUAAUCAAUUAUAGUGUCUUAGUAUUAUAUUUUAUAUUUUUGAUACAGAACCACAUCCACGCUUAGAGUACAAGGGGUUUUGUAAUUCUCUUCUAUUUACAUUUUAAAAGAAAUAUGUACAAAUAUUAAAGUAUAUAAGGUUUAAAAAUGAAGUGAUGCCGUUAAAGAAGAAACUUAAGAAAAUUAAAUGAAGUGAUGCCGUUAAAUGAUUAAUAAUUUAGGAAGCUUACGAAGCUAUUUGUUCUACACCGGGUACGAAUGUGUAAACGCUAUUCAUCUGACAAUUAUUUUCCUCGUUUUUCAAUAUAUUAACAUCAUACGACAUAGAUUUCAAUAUAUUUCAAGCAAAUGCUUGGUAGGCGAGUAUUCUAAGUGUACUUGCAAGUAGUGAAUGGUGAUUACAGCCAAUUGCAGUUGAGCUUGCAGCUUGCAUUUUAAACGCGUUGUUACAUCGUUGAAAAGUAUGCGUUCAUUCCUUAGAAACACGCCGUUGCUAGGGGCGUAACGUAAACUUUUGGCGGGCAUUGUUGAACUUCUGAACGGCGUGCAAACAAACGUAUAACGAGUUAAAUAUUGUAAAAACGCUGCUAAAGCCUGCAAUAGAACAGUAAGGUAUUUUUAGAAUGCCUGCAGUCAAAUUAGAACUCCCUGGUUGGUUUUGUGACAAAAUCUAAUUUAAUUCGUCAACGCCAAGAAUAGAAAAACAUGUUUACGUCGUUACAACGCCCGCCAAAAGUUCACGUUACGCCCCUAGCAACGGCGUGUUUCUAAGGAAUGAACGCAUACUUUUCAACGAUGCAACAACGCGUUUAAAAUGCAAGCUCAACUGCAAUUGGCUGUACUGAUUGCAGAUUUAACAGUCUCAAUUGUGGCCAGGGGCAGAUAUUCCACGGGGGGGGGGGGGCUUCGAAAUUAUCGUUUCCCUUUUAGAAUUACUCAAAAUUUCCUUCAAAAUUCCAUUAAAGAAUUUUCCUUUAUAAUUAUCAAAGGAAAACCGGUAUACCGAUAAUAUCGGUAUAAUUUUUUUGGUAUACCGAUACCGGAAAUUUCUCGUACCGGACAUUCCUAAACCAAGUAUAUUUUUUUUAUUUGGCCUAAGCGUAAGCACCAAGCGCUAUAUACUGUAUGAAAUGAACUGCAGACCACGGAACUGCGGAACCUGUAGAACUUAAUAAUAUCACUUUUUCUUCUUGUACAACCAUUGUUCCUUCAAUAAAGUAAGUGUUUUUAUUGUUCAUUUACACAGAUUCUGUUAUACUGUGUGUCGCCAGUAUAUCUGUUUAAUUGUCAAUAAAAAUCGUAAACAUGUCAAUUCUCAGCGUUCUCCAGAGUUUUCACUUGGAAAGCCCUUCCAGAAAAAAUUCAGACUUUGGACGAAAAUUUUGAAGUAUGAGAUUACCCAAAUUCUGUACUUUAUUUAAAAAAAAUACAAUUUGAUGUGGGGUCGAUUUAAUGUCGAUGUGGGGUCGAUUUAUUGUUGAUGUGGGGCAUUGAUAUAUGGGCCCCUUAGUGUGCACACUCCUCAGUGCUUUCUGAUCAGUUGUCAUAUCAACUUUGCACUAUCCUUGGGAUCUCUGAGUUAGAUUUUAGUUCAAAGUUCAGAAGUACAUUUUCGCAUUGGUGUCUAUGGGGCUUAUUCAGAGUUUUGCUGAAGGUUUAGGAUUGUGAGGGUUUCUAAUGUCAUCUGAUUUAGUCCGCUUCUGAAAGUGGAAGUGGCCCUGUGGGUUGCAAUGUGAAAAGUAACUAAUCUGACAGUUUGUUAGUAAUAUAGUUGAUUGUUUCUACUGUAUGUACAGUACCUGUAUUUGUCUAACAUUUAGGGAUCAUAGUAAUUGGCACAAGCUGUUGCGAUUGCCCUGCCAGUUUUUGUGUUAAUUAAGUUAAUAGAGACCUUAAGAUUGACGUUUACGGCAAACGGCAAACCGCUAGCGAAGUUUUUGAUUUUACAACUCUAUUAUAAUAGCUUUUACACCAGUUUUGAAAUAUGUUAGACUUAUUAAACUUGUGCUCUUUAGCAAUGAUUUAAGAAAGCAAAUUAACCACUAGUAAUGCCAUUCACCAAAGCAGUAAAUUAAGAUUUGGCGUUUGAAGUUGACGUUUGGCGUAUAGAUUUCAUGCUUUAACGACUACAAGCCCUCGUAGCAGUUCAAGAAUGAAAUUUAUAUGCCAAACGUCAACUUCAAACGCCAAAUCUUAAUUUACUGCUUUGGUGAAUGGCAUGACUAGUGGUUAAUUUGCUUUCUUAAAUCAUUGCUAAAGAGCACAAGUUUAAUAAGUCUAACAUAUUUCAAAACUGGUGUAAAAGCUAUUAUAAUAGAGUUGUAAAAUCAAAAACUUCGCUAGCGGUUUGCCGUUUACCGUAAACGUCAAUCUUAAGGUCUCUAAUAAGUUAAAUUAACCAGCAAAUUUUACUGUGCUGUGCAACUGUCCAAUCAUGCAUAUCAUUAUAUGAUAAAAAGUCAAUAUAAACUUUAUAAACACAAGAUAAUGUAAAACGUAACAGAAUGGGGAACAUGCAGAUUCAACCAUCUCAAAUAAUGGUAAUGUUCAUGUUGAGAUAACAGCAUUGCAGACUGCAGAGGAGAGUGGGCUAUUGAGAUUAUGGUAGUGAUCAUAUAUUGUAAUCAGUUUUAAGUAAUCAUAUUUAUUAAUUAUAUGUCCAACAAAAAACAAGCAACUUUACUGUAUGAAACAUGAAUUUUGAAAGAGACAAAAUACACAGUGUUCAAAGUUUAUGGACACGGCACUAAAUGUCACAUGAUUGUUCUGACCAAUCACAUAGCUAUACAUGUUCAAGUGUGAUGAUUAGACUAGCUUAAGAUGUCAUCAAGCAAUCUUCUCAACCAAACUCCUUCUUGGCAAGCUGUGCUUAGCGCAACAUAUUCAGCUUCGGUAGUCGACUUUGACACACAACCUUGUAACUUGCUACACCAGCUUACUGUAUUUCCUUGUAUUUGAAAGACGUAUCCUGUGGUUGCAUGAUCUACGUGUUGUCAAAUCUCCCCAGUCAGCGUCAGAAUGAACGGUUAAAAUAGGUUCUUUAAAAUAAGGAUCGUUAAAAUAAGGUUCGUUAAAAUAGGUUCAGAAGUGUACAUGAGACCAUAGUCUAAUGUGCCUUGAAUAUAACAUAAAAUUCUCUUAACUUCUUUCCAAUGUUCUAGUCCAGGAUUUGCCAUGAACUUUGAUAGAACACCAAUGGCAACAGCUAGAUCAGGUCGACUAAUGAGGGUAGCAUCAUUUAAACACCCAAUAGCAAUUUGGUAUCCCUUCAUAUCAACAGGAUUCUCCUUUUCAGAUAGUGCUUCAUACUUCUUCCCAAACUCUAACGGUGUUGACACAGAUUUGCAGUUUUCCAUGUCAAAUCGAUUGAGAAUGCCUUGUAAAUACGUCUUCUGACUUAUCGACAAUGUACGUAGUCUACUAUUACGCUUCACACUCAUUCCAAGAACAUAAUGCAACUCUCUCAAAUCUUCAACAUGAAAUCUCUUUCCGAUCGCUGAUUUUUCUCUCUUCGGGAGUUUUCUACUCUGUCGCCUUUUCGAUAGUUUUAAAAAUAGUUUCUGAACCACAAAUAUCAAUCAUAGAUAUAUGAUGUCAAUAUGCCCGGUUAAACAAAAAGAAGAUCUGACUGGCCUAUUUUUCGUUCUUUUUAAUCUUGCGUUCGAGGUUUUAUAUAUUAUACAGUACUCAGUAGUCAGUAAACAAAUAUAUCUUUGUCUUUGAUAUUAGUAUAUUAAAUAUAAACAUUUGAGAGUUUUAGAAUUUUUGUAGAAUUGCCACACCACAAUUGCUAUUGUCAAUACUUGUUUAAUUUAGCCUAAAUUCCAAGACUACCCCUAUAGCAGGGUAUUUGACUGUGGUGUUUGCCUGUUCGGACGGGCAUUUGACUACUUAUUUUGGAUUUGACUCAUACAUGAACUUUUCAAAUGCUAUCGCUAUAGAUGGUGUUUUUGCGAAAACAAAAUAUAUUUUGCACGGGAAGAUUUUUCGCAGACGAUGUAGGGCCCAUUACACGAAGAAACAUGCCAUAUAAUUGCACUUUGGUUUAACGUAGACAUCUCAAGUAAAAACGACCUUCUUCGUUGAUUUUUUCUUGUUUAUUUUUCGCUAUUUUGAAUAAAAUUCCCGUUUAUUUGCAAAAUGCGAGUACACAAUCAUGUUAAGAAUGCUUGUAAGCGGUCGUUAAUCAGUCUUUACUUUAUGUAAUUUUAUUGUUUAACCACGCCACGCAAGUUAACUACGUGAUUAGUUAAUCAUCCGACAAACUACGUUUUGUGCAACGUAAUUAAGUCGUGUAAUUAACUAAUCAUAGUUAAGGAUUUAACUACAGUGAUUUUAAACGCUAAUCAUAGUUAAACUUAACAAGAACGUUCUUAUACAACCGGCCCCUGUUGUUUCACUGUAAAUAAAUGUCAUUGAUGAAUGAAUGCAACAAGUUGUUAAAGUGCGCCAUCUGUCUUGUAAAGCAAAUAGUUUGCUCCACAGACGCCACUAGAACUUGUACAAACUUUGGCACCAUUUUUAGUGUGAAGUUUCUUCGAAACUUUACAGUAUUGUGAUGACUGGGGGGAAAAAGCUUUAUGCAAUAGAAGAAAAAAGCAAGGAGGUAGCCAACGCGUACCGUCACGGACCUUGUCAAGUCACAGUCCUUGUUUACUGUCUAGCACAGCCACAACGGUGCAAACUCGUGUUCAGUGCAACGAUAACUCUACCAUAUCUUACGAGAAUCAAUCUGUACACAGAGCUGCAUCAAAGCUUGUCAAAACUGCUAUAAGGGACCGGUAAUAAAGUAACUGCUAGGGUGGGCUGGAGUGAUUUGGGAUGGGCCAUGGAAAAUAUUUGGGCAGAUUCGAUGAGCCGCCAAUUUUUUUGUAUGUCCACGGUUGGGCCACCAAACAAAAAAACAUGCAUGUCUGCUUCAAAAAAUAGAGAUACUAAUAGUAAAAGCAAACAAAACUAUCCAAAUUAUCAAAUGCAAAUGAUGCUAUUGUCUAUUGAAGCCAGCAUUUUGUUUAUACAACAACAAAAAUGGUCGAAUCACAGCAAAUACAACCAACUGGAGAGCAGCUCAGUACCAAUGUGUUUGUCAAGCUUGGCGGAAUUAUGUAUGUCAAUACAGUGCCGUGCAUGUAUAUUUACAACGUUCAUACCUGCAAGUUGUUUUUUUAUAAUAAAAGUGUAUUUUCACAAUUUAGAUUGGAUGGGUCAUGAAAAUUUUUUUGUAAGAUUAGAUGGGCUUUGAAAUUUUUAUCUACAUCCUAAGAUGGGUCACCGAACUUGUUGGCAAAAUUUGUGAUUUACCUCCAGCCCACCCUAGCAGUUGCUUUAUGACCAGUCCCUAACUGUGGAACUAUGAAAUCUGAAGUGACAUUAUUGAAUAUAUGCGAAAAGCUGAAAAAGACACAACCUGACACUGGGAAUAUAAAGUCAAAGGUCAAUGAGACUUGUUAUUGUGAAACAUGUCACAAUUAGGUUAAAAUGCGGAAGCGGAUGGAGCGGAUCAACGGAACGGAUAUGGGGAUAAAAUACGGAACGGAUGGGGAUAAAAUGCGUCCGUUUAAUGAUGCAACGUCGUAGUGCUUAUUAUUCAUAACAUAUCUUAUACAGCUAUUUCAAUUAAAGUUGUCACUGAGACAAUAGUCAAAUGUGCAAUAUGGGCGCUAAAAGGAUGAUGGGAAUAAUCAGAGUUUUAAAUAAGUUUAGCAUAUCAGUAACCUCAUGGGGAUGCUUUUGCAAAUGCAAAUGAAGUUUUAGAAUAUGAAAAAUUUGGUAGUUGGUGAAACAAUUAAAAUUUCGAGUUGUCGCGUGUAGCAUCACAAUAAAUAAAUAAAUUGUAUCAGUUCGACGAGGCACGACGUUUCUGAUGUGUUAGGCUUGUUUCAAACGUCGCGCUACUCAUGUGCCGAACGCAUUAAAAACAAUAGAGAUGAAAUGCCUUUGGUAACUGUUUAUUUCGUGGUGUAAGUGUCGGCGAGCCUAUAUAGUUCUUGCAGUUUCUUUUUCAAUUUGAAACUUCAUACUAUCCUUGGAUCCCUAGUAGGGUUGGGCGAUAUUAAAAAAAUCAUCUCACGAUUAUUGUGAAGGAAAUUAUCACGAUAUUCGAUAAUAUCGCGAUCAGGGCGCUUAUAUAGAGGCGCUUAUUCUAUAUAAGCGCCCUGAUCGCGAUAAAUGCAAUAAAAAUAAUUUUUCAAUUUUAAUUAAUAUCAUAGUAAGCUUAUAUACAAUUUUAUUAAAAACAAGUAAAACAACAAGUUAAAGUAAUAUGAAGCCUUUUUUUAGUCUAAUAUUUACUCAUGGUCAUAAACUAGAACUGUCUACUAGUGUCUACUGUAUCGCCGCUGGCACACAGCGCAAGAAAAGCCUGUAAUUUCAUUGUUCAGCGGAUUGUGAUACAUAAAUAUUUGCUUUGGUAUCGUAUUAAUUUCGUAUUUAAUUCAGGAAAUAGUUUUAAUUCUUUUAAAAACUAUAUUUUCUAGGAAUUGAAAUAAUUUUUAGGGUUUUUGAAAAGCUAUAUACACACGCGAAGCAAUAUCACAAUAGUCAUCGAGCAUGACGACAAUUUCGAUAUAUCGUCGCUCAAGUUUCUACCUUCGAUACGAUAAUCGCGAUUGAAAAUAUCGCGAUAAAUCAAAAUAUCGAAACAUCGCCCAACCCUAAUCCCUAGUUACAUUUUUGACCACAUGCAUGAUUGCCAGAGGUCAAAAAGCUGUGUCACUUGCAAUUGUUACAAUUAUUUUACAGGCAUUGAAGUUGGUGCAGUUCAAUGUGAAAUUUGGGAGAAAGAUCGUCAAUUGCCUAAUAAGGAAUGUCCAACUGGGUGUUUUGCUAUAUGGUACAACAUUAGUGGAGUUAUACGUAUAGAGCACAAGAAUUGUUGGGGUAAAAAUGCUGGAGGUUAUAAAGAUGAUUGUGAAGGCACAAUGCAAAUACGAGAUAGGAACAGUUAUCAUGCGAUAUUCUGUGCCUGCCACAAGGAGCUUUGCAAUGCAAACUUAACAUGGACUGGCAGCAGUACAAAUGGUCAGUGAGUAUUACCUAUAACCAGUCUGAGUAGAAUUUUCAGCAGCUAAUUUUUCCCAAAAGAGAUUGUUCGUCUUGAAAUUAGUUAAUAGAGAGGUUGUGAUACCUGUACCCGUAAACCGGGUACGACUUGCAACUUAGGGUAAGAAAACCGAUCGGAGAAUGGUAAAUAAAGUUCGUUGUUGAUUCACCAUUUGGGAAAAAUUGACGAGCAUAUGUGCAUUGAUUUAGGAAAGAUGUUGAAGUAUUUUACUACCUAAACGGCCCAUGUAGUCGUAGACCAUGGUUUACCGUUGGGAAAUGGGUAGAAAUUACGGGUAAACAUGCUGACGUCAGCAAAAAUGGUAAACAAAAUGGCCAUACUCGUACCCAUAAACCGGACCUGUGGUAUUUUAACCUUUCUAAUAUAUAACGAUUGAGGAACGUUUUUUCACCUAAAACAAAAACAGGUCUGUGAAAUUUUUCUGUGAUGUUACUCUGAGUGUACAUCCACACCGGGCAAGUUUAAAAAAUAUGCCUGGCCACGGUGGGAAUCGAACCUACGACCUUUGGAAUCCUGGUCUGUGAAAGUGUAUUUUGAACGAUGGUCAUAUUUUUUAGAAACAGUAUACUGCAAAUGGACCAUUUGCAUUAUAGACUAAAUUUUGAUCUCAACAAGUCUAGAUAAAAAUUUCAUCAAAGCUUGAAAGAUAAUCACAAAAUUAGUAAUAUUCCAAAGUUUCGUUGCGAAAUGUUGUAAAAUGCGGAUAAUAGAGCCUUGCGAAGUUUGCCGUUUUUCAGUCAUUUUGCAUUACGUGGAGGAAAUUGACAGCCCAAUACCCUUUGGGGCUGUCACUUUCCCGUUUGUAAUAGAAAAUGACUGAAAAACGGCAAACUUCGCAAGGCUAUAUUAUCCGCAUUUUACAACAUUUCGCAGCGAAACUUUGGAAUAUUACUAAUUUUGUGAUGUUCUUUCAAGCUGUGAUGAAAUUUUUAUCUAAACUUGUUGAGAUCAAAAUUUAGUCUGUAAUGCAAAUGAUCCAUUAGCUCAGUGUAUGAUAUCUGGAAAUACCAAAGAGGUUCAGAUUUGACUUCCACUGCACCUUUCACAGGCUUAUGUACAUCUGAUUGAUUAAUUGUCUCUUAAUGGUAGUGGAAGUCAAAUCUGAACCUCUCUACCAUUUCCAAGACUUCUACUUCCCAUUCAGAGACCCACCCAUUUAAGGGCAAGGACUCACAAAUUAUUUUAUUCUGCCUUGUGAUGCCAUACAAUUUUACUCACCCUAGCUGAUGUAUAUAUGUCCCUAAUAUACUUCUAAUUUUUUACACUUGAUAGUUUCCAGAUAUCGAACAGUCAUUCCUCCCACACCAGAGCGCAAGGGAAACAAUAAUGAUCACAUCAUAUUUGUUGUUGUGGCAAUUGUUGGCACGGUAAUGGUGUCGCUAGUUGUCUUUAUGGUGUAUAUAAAGAAGCGUGCUUAUUUCAAGCCUGAGCCAGAAAGUGUCAGUAAAGGCAGUGAGGUUGAGACAUUGAUCCCCUCUGAAGAACUACCUCCUAUUGAUUUGAAAGAUGUUUUAUCUCAAGGACAGUUCUGUGUUGUGAGAAAAGGUAGAAUGGGAUACAAAGACGUUGCUGUCAAGAUCUUCCCUAUAACCCAAUGCUCAAAACCAACACCAUCAGCUUUGACUGAGGAAGACAUGUACAUGGUCUGUAAGCUAAGUCAUGAGAACAUACUCAAGUUUAUUGGUAAACAUAUGUACGAGGAAGGAAACCAACAGCAACUUUGGCUGGUUACCGAAUACAUCGAACAAGGGUCGUUAUCUGAUUUCCUGAAAAGAAACACGAUCAGCCGGGAAAAUCUAUUUCAUAUGGCAAAAGGUAUGGCUUUAGGCAUGGCAUAUCUUCAUGCUGAAAUACCCCGAGUCAAACCAUCCAUCGCACAUCGUGAUAUCAAAAGCAAGAACAUCCUGGUUAAGAACAACCUCACAUGUUGUAUCUCCGAUUUUGGUCUUUCUUUGAAAUUUGACAGCAAAGAUGGCCCUGGAGACACACAUGGCCAGGUAACGUCUUUGUUUAUAUAUCCAUGAACUUACGGUUAAAGCUCGACAACUGCAUGACUCAACACUAGGGGUGCACCGGAUUUGGAAUUUUCAAAUCCGGCCGGAACCGGAUUUACCGGAUUUGGCCAAAAAUUCCGGCCGGAUUUGCCGGAUUUGAGAUAAACCGGUAAUGGCGAUAAAUUGGGAUAAUUCAGUAUUCAAAAUGGCGGUUUAUGUUUUUUACUAUUUUUAGUUAGUGUCAGUUUAGAUUUUUUAUUGUGUUUAAACCUUUUUUAAAUAUCUUCUUGUUAAUAACUUGAUAUUUUAUAAUAAUAUUAAGUGUUUUUUAAACUUUAAAGCUGCCAAAUUGAUGGUUUAUCCGAUUCUUGGUGAAUAUUUUAAGGUGAAAACAGAUAUUUAAUCCGGCCGGAUUUUCUCCAAAUCCGGCCGGAUACCGGAAAAUUCGUUAAAUCCGGCCGGAAUUCCGGCCGGAUUUGAAAUCCGGUGCACCCCUACUCAACACCGCGGAAAACGUCUGCGCAUGCGUCAACCUUACUGAAAUUUGCUUUGCGAACGUGGUGUCAAGUAUUCCAAAGCGAACGUGGUGUCAAGUAAUCCAAAGGUAGUCAAAAAUUUAAAAUGAAAGCGACAAUUAGAGACUUGACACACUUCGAUGUUUGCCGUUUCUGUGAACAUGCAAGCGGAAUAAUGAAUGUGACAACCUAAAAACUAGAAAUAAGUACAGUCCACGUGUGCAAGAAGUAGUAUUAUGCAAGGAAAUGAACCAAAGGUGACUGUCGAUAAAUUUAUUGUAUAAAAAGUUCUUUAACUGAACCAUACAAAGAUAUUUUGCGUAGGUUUAUAUGAUCCACAUCUUUGUCAAUAACUUCUUUGCGUAGCAUGUAUAAUUUUUGCGUUGACUAUAUUUAAGGGUAAUAAAUAUAGUUUCGGUGUCCGGUGUUAAUAAAUAUAGUUUCUAGUUUUGUUUGUGGAAACACCACGUAAAUUUAUUACUGCAAAUCUUUCGAUCCGUAAGCCCGGAUCUUCAUCAGUGCUAAUAAUAUGUUAUUAUUAGUAAUAAUAUCAUAUUAUUAGCACUGAUGAAGAUCCGGGCUUACGGAUCGAAAGCUUUGCAGUAAUAAAUUUACGUGGUGUUUCCACAAACAAAACUAUUAUAUGUUUUAUCGCCAUGCAAACAUACAAAGAACUUAAAUAUAGUUUCUAUUUGCAAAAUUGUGCAUGGAAUUUAUGCCAGCUAUCAAUACAUCAUGUAUAGAAGUGUAAGAGUUGACGUAUUAUUAACAAGGGUUAUGGUCAAUUGGAAGUGUUCAUACCUUGCAAAAUUAAAUAAACGUGGUGUUUCUACUGAAAGGUAGAGCAAAUAAAUAGUGUUAUGGCUUGCCUUUGAAAAACCAUAACAUUUUUUCUGUUAUUGAUUUAAUUUUAGGUAGGAACUCGACGGUAUAUGGCUCCAGAGGUUCUGGAAGGGGCAAUAAACUUCUCCCGAGAAGCUUUUCUCCGUAUUGAUAUGUACGCUUUUGCUCUAUGCCUUUGGGAGCUUCUCACCAGAUGCACUGCUGUGCAGGAAGGUUCGUUACCUCUUAUUGUUUUUACAGAUGCUUUUGUUUAGCCCUGGGCUAGCAAGGCAACAUUAAUCAGGGUUCGAAUUAGCGGCUCGCUAUUCGCAAUUUGCGAAUGUAAAUUCGCUUUUUGCGAACGCAAAAUCAUCCAUUUUGCGAAUUGCGAAUGACGUUUCGAAAAAACGGGUUGAUUUUCACAAUCACUUCGAAUGUAUUUUACUAUAAUGUAAGAUAUAGAGUAUUUUGCUGACUAUUAUUGUAAUUUUGUACUAAAAAGAUGUGUGAAAUUAAGAAUAUGGCUACAAUUUCUUCAGAAAAUUUACGAAAUUCCCUACGAAACGACCGCCAUUUUGGUUUUUGCAAGCAGUGUUUCCACUUUUCAAAACUAAAAUUUACUUAAAUUUUCAAAAAGGAAAUUUGCGAAUCGAUGUUUCCUGUCUAAUUCGAACCCUGCAUUUAAAUAUUUUGAUGCUUCCUCAAAGUUUGCACGCCUGCUUAUCCACCCUUGCAAUUAGAUCUUUUCCCCCAACAAAUUCAGAAACAUAUUUUGCUGUGGAAAAACUGUUUCCUACUGCAGUUUGCCCAAGGCAUUAUAAUGUUAUACUGUAUGUCCUAUUGAGAUUGUCAUUGAGUGGACUCAAGAAUGCUAUUUUCGCAUGAUGCUUCAAUUUCUGUAAUGAUUUAUCUCAACUUAUUUUCAGAACCAGUUAGCGAUUACAAGUUGCCAUUUGAGGAAGAAGUUGGGAUCCAUCCUAGCUUGGAGGAGUUACAAGAUUAUGUCGUUAAUAAAAAAUUACGACCACAUUUCCCUGCAGAAUGGAAAAACACAGAUCAGGUUAGUGACCAUGAUUGUUUUAUCCAUUGUUUUAUCACAUUUAUCGGCGUUUUAUUUAGAAUAGAAUAGUUAAGAGUAGAAUGGAAUUCAGAAUAGAAUGGAAAGGAAUGGAAAGAAAAAACUUCUAUUUUACUAGUAUAGAUUUUUUGACGAACUUGUGGUCCUCAUAAUAUUACUAUUAUAUGUAUAAAGUAUGGACAAUUCACAGGGUCCGAAGUGGGGGAAGACCAUUACUUGUAGUACAUUACCUCAUGUUCAACAGCAAAUUUAAACAAAAUUAACAUGUGAAACUAUAACUAUCUUUCAUAAGGGAAUUGAUGGGAUAAUUGUUACAAUUGAAGAGUGUUGGGAUCAUGAUGCUGAUGCACGUCUUACAGCUGACUGUGUCGCCGAGAGAGUGAAGCAACUUUAUGGUGCUGGAAAACGACAAACCAAUACGCCUUUGGCUGUUUCCUAUAAAUCUUUGGAGCAUGAGAAUGGACUGUUGGCAUAGAACUCUCGUUUGAGUGCUUUUUAUGCCAUAGUAUAUCACAUGUAUAUAAAUUAUAUAUAUAUAUACAAGGUUAAAAAGAGCUAUUUUGUCUAUGCAUGCCCUGGUUCUAGCCCCUGUAUAGACUGGUAACCUGGCAGUUUACUCUAUCGUUGAUCGAACACAAUUUUCAUUCGUGAAACGCAAGAUACGUGUGGAGAUCACGGGCAGUUGACAUGAACAACCUAUCCACCCAGAAAGAUGUUCUUUUAAAAAUAUGUAUACGUAAACGUAUAGCCAUCAUAUGGGACUGUGUUUUUUCGAUUAAUCGAUUGUAAUCUCGAUCACUCAAUUGUGAGUGAUGUAUUUGUUCUUGACCCUUACUUUAUCUGUGGAAAAGUACUAUUUGAAAAUACGAAACAAGCUAAGAAAAUUAUUUUAUAUGAUUUAAGGGUGUUUCACGAGUUAUAAUUGUGUUUUAUAAUUGUGUUGUAUGUCUAAAAUGAUAUAUAGGUAUACGUGUACAUGAAGUACUGCAUGUAUAUGGUAAGUUGCGUUUUGGUAUUGUUUUGUGCAGUUUUUUCACUAUCGGCAAGAAUGAAUGAACCAGUGGCGGACACAAAGCAGAAUGCUUGGGUUAACAACCGUAUUUAUAUUAGAAGAUGCAUGACUUUAACAUCUGCAUGGGACAGUUUAAACAUCCGAGAAAGCGCCAUCCGAUCGUCUAAUAUAAACAUUUUUAUAACAAUUCAAAAAAUCACUAUCGAUCGAGUAUCGGUGGAUAUAGCGCUAUUCGGCUUUCGUACUAGUUAAAUCAUGAAGGUUUCUGAGGUAAAAGAAACCCGAGAUGUUUAAUUUGCAAGCAUUUGUACGUUUUAUUGGGCACCAUCUUGGUUUAUUCUGAAGUUUGCCUCCGCCGUUACAGUGAAAUAGUUGGUUUGUCUUAAAAAUAGCUUAGCGUAUCAUGGAUAACUAGUUUUAACAUUAUUCGACCAAGACAUUUCAAGACAUGCACUUGUACCGGGUGUCCCAAAAAAAAGUACUCCUGUUUGAUUCGUAAUAACUUCUAAACAAGUAAAGCUUUUAAAGACAAAUAACUUGCAUCAAAUAGAGGAAGGAAUAACUUAGAUUUUGAUAUAUUACAGUUGUAUUUCACUUAAAAAUUCACGGAGAUAUUAAUCUUUAAAAUCGGGAGCAUAUUUCUGGAUGUGUCUGAAAUAUGCAAAAAACGGUGUAUCAAAUAUUAAUCAAGAUUUGCACGACUGAAACAUGCACUAUUACCAGUAAAUAAAUGACACUUGACAAAUUGUUUAUUAUGAAACAAAGUAUUAUUAUAUCUACAAAAUACAAGCAAGAUUGAUCCGUCCGAAAUUCACGUGUGUUCUUAGUACGAAUACGUUUCCUUAUUUCAUGAGACCACUGCAUCGCGAAGGAUCGUCAUGGAUCGUUCGCAGUUCUGAAUUUGGGUAUGCUGUCACAAUGAAAUUGUGAAGCUCUUCUAACUUCUGCAACGUUCUGAAAUCUUGUUUAAGAACACCCAAACUCUUUCGCCUUUUCUUAAUCUUGGCAAGUUCAGAGUAAACUGAGAAUUAUAUGAAACACAAUCAAAUUAUAUAACUCCAUAAGACAUAACAAUUAAGCAACUCCCCAGAGACAUGCAACAUUUUUGGAACAAAACGUAACAAAAUAGCAGCGUUGAUACGGUGAUGUGCAUUUGCAAAAAGUAAUAUUAUUUCCUUCAAUAAAGAAUAACAUUCAUCCUGCUCUAACCGAGAAAUAAUCAACUCAGUCUGUUUCAACCCAUUAAAAACAUAAAAAAAUUAGGCUAUUUAAGAAAAAUUUAAGCGCCUGCCUUCCAUGGUCAGUCUUUCGUGUACUUUUAAGUUCGUAAAGACCUAAUAUAAAAUACUUGCAUAAUUUCGAACGUUCAUAUUUCAGGAAACAAUGAGCUAAGACUUACAUGUAAGAUGUCUAAAUCUACGCCAUAUCCCUUACAAAUCCUAACGUUAAUUCUCUGAAAUACAAGUUAGCCUGAUAUGUCAUUAAGCAAACAAACGCUGGAGUUAAUAUUUGAUAUGCCGAUUUUCGCUAAUUUUAGACACAUCCCAAAAUAUGCUCCCGAUUUUGAACAUUAAUAUCUCCGUGAAUUUUUAAGUAAAAUACAACUGCAUGUAAUAUAUCAAAAUCUAAGUUAGCCCUUCUUCUAUUAAAGGGAAGUUAUUUGUCUUUAAAAGCUUUACUUGUUUAGAAGUUAUUACGAAUCAAACAGGAGUACUUUUUUUUGGGACACCCGGUAGAUUAAAAAUGUGAAUAUAUUUCACUCUACCAGAUAUAGUUUAUACCUGUUGUAGAACAUAUAGUUAAUAUUAUAUAAUAUAAUAUAAAAAAAUUAAAACAUUUUCCGUGUUGAUAUACAGUUAUUUCAACACUCGCGUGGAAAUUGGGAAAACUCGAAAUUGUGUGAAAACACUCCGCCCUCCGGGCGUCGUGUCAACCUCGUACGCUGCUUUCAAUUAGCGACUAGACCUGGGUGCCUUCAAUUCGCGACUAGCCCUGAGUACGAGGUUGGCGUCGUGUUUCCACACAAUUUCUCGCUUUCCCAAUUUCUACUCGUGUUGGUAUAUUAACUGUAUAUCAACACGGAAAAUGUUUUAUAUUUGUUAACUGUAAAUGUAUUGUAUUAUUAGUAUAUGUGGGUUUGUACGAUUUAUAUUAUUUACUCGUUGCUAAAGUCACUUGUUCCCGGUAUCUAUUUUCAGCGCAACAAUUAGCAAACGCAAUAGACCUUCUGACGUCAAACGCGGAAAACCAAUUUAUGCGAUGUUCCACACGACAAUUUGUAGCGACAAUACAGAGCCUCGUUUUCGUGAUUGAGACGUAGGCUUUAACUGAUGUCAGACACACGAAAACGGGGCUCUAUAAGCAAAGUGACGUACUUUCAGGAAGGGUGCAGUUACUGUUAGGGGAUUCGCAAUGCAAGUCGUUGGCGAGCCAAUAAAUUUCAUAAAAACAUUUGCAUUUGUGCUAAAAAUUGGGAGUUGGGGCAUCGUAUAUUAAUUACUGUAAGUGCUAACAUAAGAAAGGUCUGUGACUGUAAUGCAAGUUCUGAUACUAUUUCCCUUUGCCUUGUUUACGUUUUGCUGGCAGACGAAUUGCAGUUAUAGAAAAGAUGUUCUCCUGUGCGAUUCAGCAAUGCGUAACGGACCUAUUACCUAAUGAACAAAAUUAGCCCCCCCAAGGCUAAGGUUUCUACGUCACAAUUGCAUAUGCAUAAUGAGUUUGCUGAAAAUGUUAUAUUCUUGUUAUUAUGAAAUGAAGUUGCUAAAGAAUCCAGGUAUUUGAUCAUAUAGUUACUAUUAACUACGAUUUGAUGUUGUAGAACAACACAAAUGCACACCAUACUUCUGAAAAGCAAUUUUCUUUCUUAGGGACUGGUCAUAAUUUAUCAGGG